CAUGGACGCUCCAGGCGGCGACGAACGCACUGCAGACUUGACGUGGGGGAACGUCGGCCUUGCGUUCAGCUUCAUCGCGUUCAAUGCGGUCGUGUCGCGGGUGUUCCAGCUCGGGGUCGGGACGUCUCUCGUGACUGCCGCUGUGCGGUGCGUCGUACAGCUCACGCUCGUGUCACUCGUGCUGCAGAAGGUAUUCGAGGCGAAGAAUCCAUGGGCUGUUGCCGGAAUUGCCUUCCUGCUGAACCUAAUGGGGACGAUUGAAACUGUUGUGAACAAGGCGAAGCGGAGGUUUCAACAUAUGUUCCCUUCAGUGCUUUUCGGCAUGCUUUGCUCAACCAUUCCCGUCUCCAUGAUCGGUAUUCGCUACGCCAUGGCCGUGAAUCCGUUCUGGAAGCCAGAGCAGUACAUACCUGUCGUCGGAAUGCUGUGCGGAGCCACCAUCUCAGGAAUCGUGGUAGCCUGCAACUACGUCCUAAAGGAGCUCUACGAGAACAAGGACAAGAUUGAGACUUACCUUGCAUUCGGCGCAUCACGGUUUGAAGCUUGCAAGCCCAUUGCGACCGACGCCCUACGUCUCGCUUUGACACCUAACGUUAACCAAAUGAGGUGCGUACACGAACCCUGCGCCCAGGAUGGAACUCUAAUGCUCGGGUUUAUCAGUGUCCUCGGUAUCAUCGCGAUUCCGGGCAUGAUGACCGGUGCUAUCCUCGGAGGGUCGAGUGUCCAACAGGCCGCGCGCCUCCAGAUGGUGAUCAUGUUCAUGAUCUCGUCCUGCACCGCGCUCUCUUCAAUCGUGACCACCGUGCUCGCUCUCAGCGUCGUCGUCGACGCUGAACAUCGUAUUCGUACGGAUAAGAUCGACAACCGUCCUCAUGCUGUGUGGCGCGCGCGGAACUGGCUCGUGAGCCGGGUUGCGGAGGGGCUGAAAAGCAUGUGGAACAAGGUCGUUGCACCGAUCAGGAAGAGGACUAAGUCGGGGGAUGAGGGUGAGGAAAGCGAAAGGUUGUUGGGAUAAGCACGGAGGGCCUCGUAAAUUCAAGUUUGCAUGCUGAAUAAGUGCUGAAUAUUUCUGAUCUACUGUAUAUCAUCAGUUGCUCUGACCUCUUCUGGUACAAUCUGCAUAUAGUCCAAUUAUUCAAACUAGGGCAAAAUUACACACAUUUCUUACUUAAACUGUGUGAAGUUGUCACUCAUAUGCUUCGGGUGACUCGUUCAUGUGCUGUCCUGGUUGUAGUUUCCGCUCGUGCAGUGAAUGCGAUGCAGGGCUGCUCGAGCUCGAGAAUUCCUAAUUCAAACCUUUGUUGAAAUCCGA